UCUUCCCCCAUCAACCCAACUCAGAUCAGCCUCCGGUCGAGCGAACCGGUUCUUCAUCCACCUGACAAUCGCCUUGGCCAGCGAUGGCCGUCGACUGAUUCCGCCCUUCUUGGCAGCCACGACCCAUGCGGCCAUCGCGACUCUCAUCUGACGCGCGCCGCCGCUUCCACCUGAUAUCCCCUCGACCAUCCGUCUCCUCUGUUGUCGUCAUCGUCUGUUCUCUCCAUCGGCUUAAAAUGACCUCUUCUACAGGGGCCCUUACCCCGGGUGUAUCGACACUCUUAGCAUAGCAAUCCCCGGGCUCCGCGUCGUCCUCUGAUGGAGAUCCGACACAAGCAUCGCAAUGGGUAUCCGGGAUAAUAGCGACGGACGAGACGCAGCAUCCUUCACGAUGAAGUCCCCGACCAUGGCGAUGGUGACGAUCGACCGUCCGGCCGCUCCAGGCCCAGCUCCCACUCUCCCUAAACCUGCCGAAAGGACCAAGCAGCCCUCCGACCCAACCACCACCCCGGACCCCAACCUCGUCAACCCCCGUCUCCUCGUGAACGGCGCCUGCAUCUACGAGCGACACCUCCCGGGCGAUGCCCACAUAACCGCACAUGUCCAGCGCCUCCAGCAUGGGUUCUACUCCAGCCCGGCCGUGUCCAACCAAGACUACAACCACGUGGACUUCCUCGGGAUCACCUUUGUCUUCCAUUCGCCCAACACGCUCGCGCAUCGCUUCAAAGCCGCCACCAUUCGAGCCUCCGUACACGGCACGAGGGAACAAUCGUCGUCCAGUAACCGGACCCGCAACCCCCGCUUCCUCAUGCACGCCCCCCACCUCCUCUACGGUGCCGUCUCCCCCGAAACCCUGCAGUGGAACUACAGUCUCAGCGGGUCGCUCGGGGUGUCCGACCUUCCUCUCGUCGCCAAUCUCUCGCCGAGCGGGGGCAUGAACGGGCGCUACAAACGGUACGAGAUGAUGCGCAUCCAGGGGUCUGUGCGAUCGCUCAAGAGCCCACGGGGCCGGGAUUUUGACGUCGAGGGCGGGGAAAUCGUGUGGACCCUGGAAGAGAAUAGCCUGCAGCGAUCGGGGCUGCCCCGCGAGUUCACCUUUGCCCUGUUGGUCUCGAAACCGCGCGCCGAGAGCCGGAUCCAGUUCGCGCUGGACAUCGACCCGAUCCUCCAAUGCUGGUGGGCGAAUUACCCCGGGCCCCUGCUAGCCCUACCGCGGUAUAAGCCCGUGCGUCGACGGCCGGUGGAUUUCCGGACGGAAGUGGGCCAGCGUUUCGAACCCCUCACGGCGGAGAAGGGGUUCAACUUUGCGGCCCUGGAAAGUUCCUUUGAUGAUUAUGUGCAUAUGCCCGGCCGGAAGUUCUCCUCUGGCGUAGGUGCCUAUAUCCCUGGACCCAUGUUGCCUCGCUAAGCAAUCCCAGAUCUCCCCGGACGGCGGAACGGUGGACGACAACGAACUCCGACGCGAAGUGACGCGGGAUUGGACCAUGAUUGAACCUUUGCGCGGGGUUCCCAAGAUCCCGGCCAUGAUAGGCAAGCCGGGAUUCCAGCAGACGAUCCCUACUGCUAUCCCCGGAUUCGACCCGGGGUCUUUUACGAUGCGACUACUGCUGGAUAAUGCGCAGGGGCAGAAUGGCAAGCACGCGCAGGUGGCGUCGGAGCUGACGAGUGUUCGGGGCGGGCAGACGAGCAAGUCAGCAGAUCGACGACGGAGCACGAGGGGGUGAUCAUAUCAUUUGCAUGGAGUUGCGGUGUUUCUUUUAUGCAUUUCAGUUUCCCCCAAGUGGUGAGCAUGAUACCCGGAAGCAUUUCCCAGAUGGAGCAUAGCAUGGCAUGGCAUCAAUUUAUAUCAUACGGCGUACCUACCAUCCCAGCAAUAUUGCUAGACUUGAAUAAACUUCCC